AUCACUGCCGAGGAGUCGGAAGAUGAGCCGUCAUCCAGAGAGGAGCGAGCAGACGCCCGGCUCGGCGAGUGGGAUACGGCAGGAGGGAAUGGUGAAGGGACUGUAACCAAAGAGACCGAAGGCGACGGGCAGAAAGAUGGCGAGGAGGCAGAGCAGCCAGACCAAACGCCUGUGUUGGGUAACAAGCCACGAAAGAAAAAAAAGAAAAGGAAAACCAAGAAAACUUCAGCAGGGGAGACUCAGGAAGACAACGACCUGGAAGACAUCGACAGCUUGCUGGAGAAGAUUGAGGAUACCAACGGGCUGUCACGACAAACUCAGGGCGGGAUAAUCGCUGACAGCAGGCCGCUGCUCUAUGUGGAGCACAGGAACUUGAAUCCAGAGAAUGAGUUGAAGAGAUACUUCGGGGCUCGUGCUGUUCUUGGUGACCAGAGGCCGAGGCAAAGGCAGCGCCAGUAUGUCCGCAGCACGUGGCUUACGGCUCCCCAGACUACAUGUCCCCUGCACCCUCCAGGUAUCGCCAUGCAGCUGCUGGACACCAGGAGGGGAGUGCAGCACUUUGCUUUCGAGCACCAUCGCGAGUACCAGCAAGUGCAGUUCAAAUUCCUGGACGCCGUCGAGUCCAUGGACCCCAACAACAUUGUGCUGCUGCUUCAGAUGAACCCGUACCACGUGGACUCGCUUCUGCAGCUCAGCGACGUGUGCCGCAUGCAGGAGGACCAGGAGAUGGCCCGGGACCUCAUAGAGCGGGCGCUCUACAGCCUGGAGUGCGCCUUCCACCCUGUCUUCAGCCUCACCAGCGGGACGUGCCGGCUGGACUACCGGCGGGGCGGGGAACCGGAAAGGGCUUUCUUCCUGGCUCUCUUCAAGCACCUGAUGUUCCUAGAGAAGCGAGGCUGUCCCCGGACAGCCCUGGAGUUCUGCAAGCUCAUUCUGAGCCUCGAUCCAGAGAACGACCCACUGUGUGUGCUGCUGAUGAUUGAUUUUCUGUCCCUCCGAGCUAGAGAAUACACCUUCCUGACCCGUAUGUUCCAGGAGUGGGAGAGUCACCGGAAUUUGUCCCAGCUGCCCAAUUUCGCCUUCUCGGUGCCACUGGCCUAUUUUUUCCAAAGCCAGCAGGAGGAGCGUUCAGAGAUGGAGCUGAGCCAAGCCCGGGAGAGAGCCGCCCGGCUCAUCCAGCUCGCCCUCAUCAUGUUCCCAAGCGUUCUCAUGCCGUUGUUGGAUCACUGCAGCGUGCAGCCUGACGCCAGGGUCGCAUCCCAUUCCUUUUUUGGGCUGAACGCUCAGAUAAGCCAGCCUCCCGCCUUGAACCAGCUGACGAACGUCCAUGAGGUGUUGGCCAUGGUGGAUGCCCGGGACCCACUGGUGGAGGAGGCUGAGACCAAGAGGAAGAUGCGGUACCAGAGCGCGCCCAGGAACAUCUACCGGCACGUCAUCCUCUCCGAGAUGAAGGAGGCCACAGCAGCUCUGCCUCUGGAGGUGACCUCGCAGCCCGUGAUGGGAUUUGACCCAUUGCCUCCUCUGGACUCCAUCGUUUCCUAUACCAGACCUGAAAGAACGAAUCAUCCGUCCAACGAAAGCACUUUAUCUCUCUUCUUCCGCUCGCUGUUGCCAAAUUUUAACUUGCAGGGGGAUGUCAGGCACGACGGGGACGAAGAGGCCGGAGCGGGGCAGGACCUCAACCAGGGGGUGAACAGGCUGAUGGCGGCCAUGCGGGACAUGCUGGCCAACAUCCAG